AGUAACGCUGAACAAGACUCGGUCGACCUUCACCCAUUCCAUCCCGCGCCUUCGCACGCACCAGAUUGCUUUGCUCCGCUGCGGGGACUGUGCUUAGACGGUCGUAUUCGGUGCCAAAAUGGCUUUCUCAUUUGGCACACCCGCUUCAAGCGCGGCCUCGGGCCAGUCGACCACAUCUACUGCCCCAGCUUCCGGCGGCCUGUUCGGUGGCACAUCCGGUUCGACAUCAUCCCCCUUUUCGUUCUCCAAACCAGCGACCAGCGGAUCAAGCACACCUCAGGCAAGCGGCGGUCUGUUUGGAGGGUCUUCAACAACAACCGGCCAGACGGGAAGCUUGUUUGGCAACGCGGGCGCCACAUCCACGCCCUCAACCACGGCAUCUACUACGGGCACAUCGCUAUUUGGUCAGACUACGGGAGCUUCGACUGGAGGAGGUUUGUUUGGCGGCGCUAAGCCCUCGGGGGGCUUGUUCGGCAACACCUCGACCCCGGCUUCCGGGACCGCGACUCCCACAGGGACACCGAGUCUGUUUGGCAAUAAGCCUGCUACCACGACCUCUGCCCCGGCCACGAGCACCCCGGCCGCUACAACUGGUAGUCUCUUUGGGUCAACAACCACUACGGCUCCCUCCGGGGGAAGCACUACCGCCACGACGGGGGGACUGUUCGGCAACACCGGCGGUUCUGGUCUGUUUGGUUCAACUACCCCUAGCACUGGAGCGACGAGCGGCCAGGCGACCCCGUCGAAGCCGCUAUUUGGAGGCGCCGGCUCGACUACGCCGGCUGGCGCCCCUCCAGCCGACGCAUCGAAGCCCUCCGGUGGUCUGUUUGGCGGUGGUCUCGGGACGACCAAGCAGGCAGCCGCUCCCGCUUCCAGUACGGGAGGCCUUUUCGGCCAGAGCACGACGCCCGCUUCUACCUCUGCGCAGUCGCAAUCCGGAAGCAACGCGACUGCCGGCACGUCCACCCUUUUCGGCGCGAAGCCUAGCCAAACGCCCGCCACGGGGAGCACCCCUUCGCUGUUUGGCGGCGCCCAGACCGGCGCUGCCACAUCUGGCACCAGCACUCCGGCCACGACUGCACCAGCGACCGGCGCAAAGUCGCUCUUCGGAGGCGCUGCCGGCACUACCCCCGCUACCACGGCGGCCCCGGCCACCUCUACGCCCGCCGCCACGACCACAACCACCACUACGACGGCCCCCCCAUCUUCAUCCGCCACAACAACGCCCAGCCUGUUUGGCGGCACUACCGCUGCCACCACGGCACCGACUACCUCGACUCCGGCGGCUGGGGGCCUGUUCGGCUCGAAGCCAGCGACGACUACUGCUCCAGCAAGCAGCUCGGCUGCUCCCGCGGCAUCCGGUUCCUUGUUCGCCAAGGCGGCUUCUGCCACCGGACCGGCCACUACCACUGCGUCGACAUCCGCUCCUGCCGCCACUGCCACCACUGCAGCCACCACUGCGCCCACCACGACGGCCACCACGGCGGCACCGGCUUCCGGCGGUCUAUUCGGAGGCGCCAAGCCUGCCGGCACCUCUGCUGCGCCGGCACAGGAUUCUAAGACCACCACUACCGCCGGGCUCUCGGCUUCGACGAUGGGUCCCGCGUCUCAGCUUCCACGUUUAAAGAAUAAGACGAUGGACGAGAUCAUCACGCGGUGGGCAACUGAUCUGUCAAAGUAUCAGAAGGAGUUCAAGGAGCAGGCGGCCAAGAUAGCGGAGUGGGACCGCAUGCUGGUGGAAAACGGCGAGAAGAUCCAGAAGCUUUACACCAGCACCUACGAGGCGGAGCGUGCCAAUGCCGAAAUCGAUCGUCAGCUAAGCAACGUCGAGAGCCAACAGGAGGAGCUCGGCGCCUGGCUGGAGCGCUACGAGGCGGACCUGAACGAGCUGUUCGCCAAGAACGGCAUCACAGCCACGGGCGAGCAGGCGGCCGGGCCCGACCAGGAACGCGAGCGCACGUACAAGCUGGCCGAGAAGCUGACGGAUCGGUUGGAUGAGAUGGGCAAGGAUUUGACCAAGAUGAUCAAGGAGAUUAACGACAUGUCGAGCACUCUCAGCAAGGGCAACAAGCCUGAUGAUCCGUUGACGCAGAUUGUCCGCGUCCUCAACGGGCAUCUGGCCCAGCUACAGUGGAUUGACAGCAACGCUGCGGCUCUCCAGGCUAAAGUCCUGGCGGCCCAAAAGGCGAGUGGCAGCAUGGGUACCAGCGUUUCCGGCCCCGAAACGGAUGCGGCCGAGAGCUUUUACCGGUCGUAUCGGGGCGGCUACAAAUGAUUGAGGGCGUAGGGUUGAGAGGUGAGAAAAGGGAACGGUUGUAAUGUCAGGGUAUCAGGUUGGGAAUACGCAUGUAUAUCUUUUUGAGGGGCAGCUAGUUGGUGGGAGAAUGCAAUGCUGCCAGAACAAGUGGGCACAGCCAAUACGCAUAAAAGCUGGGGGUUCUCGGUGAAGGUUGCAAAGUGAGCUUGCAUAUGUCAUAUGUACUUGUACAUGCGAUGGUAUUCCUCCCCGCUGAGAGGCGAGGCGUGAGCGGACCGAUUACGCAGAAAACGGUGAUCAAUGCGGGAGGCAAACUGUCGCCAAAAUAUCCAUCACGAUUCUAGACCUCCCUCCGUGCCACAAAUAACUGGCUUUCCGCCUUCUUCCGGUUCGUCGCAGGUCAGGGAAGAGAUGCCGCCUAGUUCUGCUCACCGCCCUGUUCCCUGGUAAUCUCGUCGCUGC